UUGGUCAGGUGACUUUGUACUAAAUACCUCAAUACCUCAAGGUCUAUAUAAAGAAGCCUUAGCUAGCGCAAAGUUUAUUUCUUCUCAAGCAAGAAAGGUUCUUCUUCGUUUCCUUGUGCUGUCGAUUUCCAAGCUUUAGAUCUCGAAGCCGUUCGUUCUAAGCCUCUACUCAGACGUCAGGGCGGUUCUAGGCUUCUAGCUGCUGUUUCCUUCCCAAUUAAGACAAAGAAAAUAUAUAUGUCCUCUACGCAGAAUGAGAGAUCCGAGGUCGCUGAUGCGAUGUCCAUGAGCUCAGGUUCUUGUCGCCCAAAGUGCUGCAAUCUAGGGUCUCCUUUCAGUUUCAGUGAUAUGCCUCAGCCUCCACCUAUCAAGUUCGCAUCCCUUCCCCCAGGGAUCACUAUCACCCGCAAGGAGUUCGAUAUUUUCAAGCUCACAGCGCAGUUUGUGUCUGUUUAUGGCAUGUAUUUCCGAAGGGCAUUGAAGAAGAGAGUGUGUGAUAACCUUCUGUUUGAGUUUUUUAAAACCAACUGACAGCAGGCACCGUGUUUACCUAAAGCUUGCUAUCGGUUAUUCACAUGUGUUGGCGCCUUCCAAAAAGCUGAUGUCUUACCAAAAGUAUCUCACGAAUUUUGAUGAUGCUACGGAGGAAGUUCUUGAUGCUUUCUUCAAGCUUCUUGAUCAUUUUCUUGAAAAGAAAGAGAAGGAGGACGGAGUGGAGAUGGCUAUGACUGAUUUCCAUGCUUUUGAGUAUUUUGCUAACGUGGAAAGGACCGUGUUGCCACCUGGACUUGUUCCAAAUCUGGUGAAAGUGGAAGUACUACCAACAAGUAACAUGGCCAGUAAUGUGAAUGAAGCAAGAGUCAAGAGCUCCGGUCCUUGCCAGCAAAAGCUUACUCAGAAUGACGAUGAUGCUCAGGAUAUCCAACCUGACGCUCCAGCACCAAAAUGCUGGCGUCGUUUCGGUUUCAAAGAUAUGCCUCAGCCUCCACCUAUCAAGUUCGCAUUCCUUCCUCCAGGGAUCACUAUCACCCGCAAGGUCCAAGGAGUUUAAUAUUUUCAAGCUCACAGCGCAGUUUGUGUCUGUUUAUGGGAUGUAUUUUCGAAGGGCACUGACGAAGAGAGUGUAUGAGAAUCCUCUGUUUGAGUUUUUUAAGCCAACUGACAGCAGGCACCGUUGUUUCCUCAAGCUUGUUAUCGGGUAUUCAAAUGUGUUGGUGCCUUCCAAAAAGCUGGUGACUUACCAAAAGUAUAUCACGAAUUUUGAUGAUGCUACGGAGGAAGUUCUUGAUGGUUUCUUCAAGCUUCUUGAUCAAGUUCCUGAAAAGGAGAAGGACGGAGUGGAGAUGGCUAUGAAUGAUUUGCGUGCCUUUGAGUAUUUUGCUAACGUGGAGAGGACCGUGUUGCUACCACCACCACCUGGACUCAUUCCAAAUCUGGUGAAACUGGAAACACUACUAGAACAUGUACAACAGAAUCAGAUUCAAAAGAGGAUGCCACCUGCCACACCUAAUACUAAGCCUGUAAUGUCGUCUCCUCCUCCACCACUGUCUCUACCUGAGGAACCAGAGCCAGAGAAGCGUGAGUCAGCACUUGUUCCAGAAGACCAGUUCUUUGCACAGCAUCCGGGCUCCUCUACAAUCAGGGUUUCUGUUCCAAGCAUCGGCGCUGGACUAGUCAUCGAGAUCACAGUGGAGUCGUUAUUGGAAAAUGUGGCAAGUUUGAAGGAGAAAAUAACUGGGGAGAUACACAUUCCAGUGAAGAAACAGGAGUUAAGUGGGAAAGCCGGGUUGUUAAAGGACAACAAGUCACUUGCACAUUACAACGUGGGAGCAGGAGAAAUCCUAACAUUGUCUCUGCGAGCAUUGAUGUAAUUGGAAAAUACUUUUCCAAAUCUCUUAAACUCUUAUU